CGGAAGAAAAGUUCCGAUUCUUCUUCUUCUUCUUCAGGAACACUGGAAAAGACUCCGGAACUGAAAUGGAUCCGACCCGAACGAACCGCUUCAAUCUGAUUCUCACUCUCUGCAAACCAACUCACCACCCUCUCCUCCACCUCCGCCUGCUCUUCCUCUUCGUCCCCACCUGAAAAUCCUCCGAAGAUACUUCGUUUUUUGAAAUCCUUAAUUUCUUCUUCUCUUUGGAAUCUUAAUUUUCUGCUAGAAUUCAAAUGUCGUCUGGAUCAACAAAGAACAUUCUUAGUUUUACUGAAGAUCUCCUCAUCCGGGUCUAUGAGAAACUCUCUUCUGGGUCGGAUCGAAAGUCGUGGAGGCUUGUGUGCAGAGAGUUUCUCCGGGUCGACUUGGUUACCCAGAAUCAUCUGCGAGUUCUCCGGGUGGAGUUUUUGCCGGGUCUACUUAGGAAAUACACGAGACUCCAAAGUCUGGACUUUUCGGUUUGCCCCCGCAUAGAUGACGGGACUGUUUCAAUGCUUUUGCCUCGACAUGGGUCGGGCUCGGAAUCGGACUCACUGAGUUGGGGUAGUUGGGCUCGGGGGUUGAAGUGUUUGGUGCUCAGUAGAGCCACUGGAUUGGGGUUCUUUGGUUUGGAAGCUCUGGUGCAUGUGUGCCCUUUGCUAGAAAUUGUGGACGUGUCGUACUGUUGCGGGUUCGGAGAUAGGGAGGCGGCCGCUCUGUCGCAUGCGGCGGGGUUAAGGGUUUUGAAGAUGGAUAAGUGCUUGAAUUUGAGCGACGUGGGGUUGGCAAAGAUCGCCGUGAGGUGCGGAAGGCUGGAGUGCCUCAGCUUGAAGUGGUGCAUGGAGAUAACGGAUCUUGGCAUCGGUCUUCUGUGCAAGAAACGUGUCGAUUUGAAGUCCCUUGACAUUUCCUACCUCAAGGUGAGAAAUGAGUCUCUUCAUUCUAUUGCUUCUAUGAAGAAGCUUGAGGUUUUGGCUAUGGUGGGGUGUCCUGUAGUUGAUGAUUUUGGGUUGCAGUUUCUUGAGAAUGGAUGCCCUAUGCUGCAGGGAAUGGAUGUAUCAAGGUGUGAAUGUGUUAGUUCGUCUGGUUUAAUCUCUGUAAUUAAAGGGCACAGUGGUCUUCGAGAGCUUAAUGCAAGUUAUAGUUUUCCAGAGCUGUGUACAACUUUUCUUCACUGCUUAAAGGGUUUAAAACAUCUUGAAUUGAUUAGAAUUGAUGGGUCUAGAAUUUCUGAGACUAGCUUCUCAGUAAUUAGCGCCCACUGCAAGUCGUUGUUAGAAAUUGGGUUGAGCAAAUGUGUUGGGGUGAACAAUAUGGGCAUCAUGCAACUUGUAUCUGGAUGUGUAAACUUGAGAAUCCUCAAUCUCACAUGCUGCCACUCCAUUACUGAUGCUGCAAUUUCUGCUAUAGCUGACUCAUGCAGAAACCUCAUCUGCCUGAAGUUGGAGUCUUGUGACAUGAUUACUGAAAAGAGUCUUUAUCAGCUCAGUUCCUUCUGCUUACUACUAGAGGAAAUUGAUCUUACUGAUUGUCAUGGUGUAAAUGACAAAGGGCUCAAAUAUUUGUCUAGUUGUUCAGGACUACAAUGCUUGAAAUUAGGACUUUGCAUGAACAUAUCAGACAAAGGACUGUUUAACAUUGGUUCCAACUGUCCAAAGAUUCAUGAGCUGGAUCUAUACCGCUGUACAGGUAUUGGUGACGAGAGUUUAGCUGCCAUAUCUAAAGGUUGCAAGAAUUUGAUGAAGCUGAAUUUGUCCUACUGCAGUGGAAUAACUGACAGAGGGUUGGAGUAUGUUGGCCAUAUGCAUGAGCUUUCCGACCUGGAGAUGCGAGGGCUAGAGAAAGUCACAGGUGCUGGUUUGGCAGCAGUUGCAGCUGGGUGUAAGAGACUAUCUGACUUGGAUUUGAAACAUUGUGACAAAGUUGAUGACUCAAGCUUUUGGGCUCUUGCUUGUCAUGCAAAGAACAUUCGACAGAUAAAUUUGAGUUAUUGUGCAAUCUCAGACAUGGCAUUGUGCAUGGUGAUGGCGAAUUUGACGCACCUCCAAGAUGCAAAGUUGGUGCACCUCAACAAUGUUUCAGUUGAAGGGUUUGAACUUGCCCUUAGGGCCUGCUUUGUCCAGAUAAAAAAGGUUAAGUUAUUUGCUCCUCUAAGCUACUUGCUUUCUUCAGAAAUACUUGAAAACCUGCAUGCCAAAGGCUGCAAGAUCAGAUGGGAUUAAAUAGCAUUUUAUCUUGAACUUUCUUAGGAAGGUCACGAAUGAACUUGUCAUGCACACGAGUUAAGAAUCACUCGUGUUUUUCUGAUUCCCACGGAGGGAGACGCUUAAUAUAUUUGUGAGGGCUCUAGAUAUACUUUAUUCAUUUAGACUUGAAUGAAGGGCAAUUGUCAUUCUUAGUUAAAUACCCACGAAAGGAAUCCAAACCCGGCUUGUUUCAUAGAGCAGAGUCUGUAGAAUGCAAAUGAAUGUGAACUGUGUGUUAAUUUCUACAGCGUAAAAGAAGCUGAAAAAUAUCAAAGAAUAUUGCACUUUUCACCCAAAGGAAGGCACUACUCGGAACUUUUCCUGGGAAUAAAGCGUGACAGAAUGG